AUGAACCUCCAAGGAGACGUCAUUGAGCAGCAAGUCCAGGCGGAAGUCGGCCCUGAAGGUGCCGAGAACGCAGCUCAGACCCCUCCGCGGCGCCGCAGGGGACCCUACAAGAAAGUCACGAAUUCUGCCAAGGUCAGAAUCAUGGAAGCUCACCGUACCGGUAAGGACUGGAGAGCUAUAGCCAAGGCCAACGGUGUUAGGACACCAACUGUACGCGGCUGGACCAAGAAAGAAAUUAUGGGUGACUUACCCAUUUUCAAGGCCAAAG